CUUGGACUGUGAUACAUGAAGUCAUCGCGUGUCUCCACAAUUCGCAUGAAAGUAUCUGAUCUGGCCAGAGAACGACUUGACCACGACCUUUAAUCUGGCCUUCACGCGCUUCCUACGUACCUAACUAACUAACUAACUAACUGACUGCUUUCCGCUCAUGAACCACCCGCUGCUCUUCCCACUCCUGCUGCUGCUGCUGCUCGAAGCGCGGCGAUGCAGCGCGUAUUGGCUCAUGGCUGCGAACAACAUCCUCACCUCGCAGCGCCUCGACCCCGUCGUGUCCCCCGGGCGCGUCUCGACGCACGUGCACUCCGUGGUGGGGGGCAGCAACUUCGGGCUGAACACGUCGACGGCGGCGCUGCGCGCGAGCGCGUGCACGUCGGUGCCGAUCCCGGAGGACAGGUCGGACUACUGGUUUCCCUGCUGUUCGGACCGGGGGAGUGCGGCUGAGUCGGUGGAUGACAGGUGGUCGAAUGGGAGCUUCACGAGUGCUGACUGGGGGUCGAUAGCUGUGAGCUGCGCUUGUUUCGGUGAGACCGGAGGCCCUUCAACGAGGCGCACAGACUAUCUGUUCAACAACACGCCGGGCGCGACGACGGCCUUCCCCGACGACGUUGAGUCAUUUGCCGCACCCCACGCCGCUGCUGAUCAUAGCUAUUCCAGUUCCGGAUGCUCUCUGGUGCCCAGCGACCCCACGCUGCGCACGCUGGACCCUUCCUCUUCUGCGCAGCAGGCGGUCACAUUUCUCUGCCUCGACUUCAACGGCAAGUCGAGCCGGUACAACGAGCUCCCGCGCGGGAUCAGCUGUCCGUCGGGGAUCCGCUCGCAAAUCAACUUCCCGAGCUGCUGGAACGGGAAUGACACGGACUCGCCGGACCACAAAUCACACGUCGCCUUUCUAAGUACCGGGCCAGACAACGGGACGUGCAGCGAUCCCGGCUUCCCUGUGACGCUCCCGCGCAUCUUCAUGGAGGUGUACUGGAUCUCGCAGGUGUUUGAGGGGCAGCGCAAGCAGGCCAUGACGCCGAGCCAGCCCUUCGUAUUCGCACACGGAGAUCCAACGGGCUACGGGUACCACGCCGACUUCUUCAACGGCUGGCAGCCGAAUGUGCUGCAGAACGCGCUGGACCGGUGCAACUGCAACCCGUACGGGGACCCGACGUGCUGCGUCUCUGCGGGGAUCUUCGGGCUGAACCAGUCUGCGCAGUGCUACAUCACGAACUCGGUGGACGAGCCCACUUUGGGGACGCUCGACACGCUGCCCGGUAAUAACCCGAUUCAAGGUGUGUCUCCAUGCGCCGUACGAGCAGGUCUCAUUUUGAUUCGAUUCGAUUCCGCAGCCCCGUGCUACCAAAACUACAUCGACCCGACAACGCCCCCGAUUCUGUCCCCCGUGUCCGUAUACACGACAUCCACGACCCCGGGGAUGCCCUCCGGGACGGUGGCCACCGCCGCGCAGACGGCCGACGUGACGCAGACCGCGAACGGGUCGUGCAUCCGGCCCGGCGCCGCGCAGCGGUCGGCGCCUCAUGCCGCGGUCGGGGUGGCGGCAGCGGCGAUUGUGACCGUGGUCCUGGUGGUGGCGGGCUGUUUCUGAGUUGCGGUUAUGCCGACGACGUGUUCCAUUGUACUUUACAUACACAUCGCAUCAUAAGUCGUCCAAUGGAUACCCAGUUUCUG